CAAAAAUUAACUCUUAUGCUAUCAUCAUAAGGAACUGACACGACUUGUCAGAAACGCAAUCUCUGAGCGGCCGGACUAUAAUGCUUUUUAAUCUUAGUUGAAACGAGACACAGUACUUAACUCAGUACCUACAUAUACAUUUCUAUAAAGAUGCCUACAUAACCGGACGGGCGGAAUGGUACUUCCUUUACGGGCGCGUUCCUUUUCCGUACCGCGGCCAUCAUCGGAAGUUGGGUUCAGAUUCGCGCCCUCCUCCCUCUUUCCCCUCGACUCUCAUACGUCCCCCGGCCCUGGCCGCCACUGCCUAAUUUCCUCUUCCCGCGUAUAUUAAUUUCCGGCUUAAACUAUUCCAUGUCUUUCAUUUCCUAUUAGCAUUUAUUGCGAAUUUUGGGGCGAUGGAUGAUAAAAUGUUUGGAUGCAUAUUGCUGUGCACACUCAUUAGUGUUGAAUAACACUGCAUUUUUUUAAUCCAUUCUAAUUGGUGUAGUCUGAGGUAGGUAUAUCGUUGGCUUGGCUCGGCUUUUCAUCAAUUAUUGUUUGAUGGUGAUUAUUUAUUUUGUAUUAUGCAAUCUGAAAAUAUAAAACCAAUUCUCCUACUAAUUUUGUUAAAAUCUCCUCAAUGUAAAAUUAACGGGUAACCCUCACGCUCAGUUAGCUGAAAGUAUGUGUGCGCGCAAUGAACUUAUUUCGAGCACUUCCGCAUGUAUUCGGGAUCCAGGUCCGGCGGCGGAGGCGAGUGUCACAUUCCUCCUGAGCCACGACUGUCAUCUUUAAAUAACUGCUUGCAUACAAUAGGCAACGACAGUAUAUUGAUUACGAGUUGCUGUGGCUUGCAUGACUAAAAAUAUAGUUUGCAACCAAACAAAAUUAUCGAAUUAGAUUUUUGGAAAGCUUGACACAGAAUAGAUAUAUGAAAAAUGAGAUUUUUACUACUUUUAUAUAAAGAAAGCAUAUAAAACUAUGUAUGAUUUUUGAUAGAUUAUCUCUUUUAUUUUAUAUUACCAAUAAUACUACACGUACACGAUAUGAAAAUAUAUCUCCAAAAAGGUCCCAAUUUUCACUAUGUUACUAACUCGAAUUCCCAUACAAAGGAUUUCGAUCCUAACAAAAAAUACCGCCGAUUCACCAGUCAAAGGUAAAGUCAAACUUGGUUCACAUCAGAGAUACUUAUGUACACCUAUAAGUACUUAAUUGAAAAUGAUGAGAUUUUCCAAAUUGCAUGACUUGUAUAAAAAUACGAGAUAUUAUGUAAACAUAACAUAAUAAUAACGUUGACAAAGAAAGUAGCGGCUGCGGUCACGGUCACGUAUGGACGGACAUCGUCUUGAGUCUUUCUUAUUCGUGAGCUCCAAAUUGCCACACAUAACUCCACGGUAUAGAGGCUUGCGUACCGCGUCGUCACACUAUUAAAUACAAACAGCCGAGCGAGAGAGCGAGAAGGAACGACUGAGGGAAUGCGGCGCGGGCGAAGGGAGCAACAGGUAAAGAUUCCGAGACCACUUCCGUCUUGGCUGCCGAAUAUUUCUGUCUCGAACCGGUAGUGGGACGCCGCCAGGGCACACAACCAACACGCAUUCUGUUCAACAUCUAAAACUAUGCUCACAUGAAUAAAUAGCAAUAAGCCUUAAAACCAAAAACUUCUCGAUAAAAGAACUACAAAAUUACUCUCAAAUGAUUUUACUUUCCGUAAUUCUGAAUCUAACCAAGCAAACAGUUUACCUACUUCCGAUGAUUUUAAAAACUACCUAUAUACCUUUAUGGUUAUUAUGGGAUUUUAUUUUCACAACGAUAUUUAUCGUUGUAUUUUCAGCUUAAGAAAUAUAGACAUUUAACAGAAGUUUGUGUCCACCUAAUUAAAAUUACAAUUGCAACGUUGUGAUUCACUCGAGUAUGUGUAGUUACAAAUAUAAUACGUGUAGCUGGACCGAAUGAGCUCAGCUCGAACCGGUUGGCGAUCAUAUUGUCUCACUCAGCAUCAGGAAACCGCGCCGUCCGGCUGCUAAGAAGUUUCCUGUGCUUUGUCUCAACAUUGCCACUACAACAUGACCUGACCUGCCAGUACAUAUUCAGUUAAAUUUUAGCUUAAUUGUAAGGGACAUUGUUAGUAAAAUGAUAGAUUUUCUAUACUAUGUAUAAAUAAUUGUUGAACACUAUUUAACCUUAUUGAACAAUAAAUCAGUCGGCGCAAAAACUUUUAAGUAGAGGAACGUAGAUAAACAUAGAUUCUUUGUAGUUGUGACGACUAUUUUAAAUAUAUUAUGCAGUUAUUAAAAUAAUUAGUACUUAUUUAUUUAAAAAAAAGGUGUGAUCGCGUCGCAACCGCGAUUACUGUACAAACAAGGAAAUAAUGCGAGUUAUUAAAAACUGGCGCGCUGACGUAAUCCUAUCGCAUGGCUGGCACUUCCGCGUGCCCUAAGAAUGUUAAUGUAUAAGCUACAGAACAUUCAAUCAAUUACCAAAAGACAAGGGAACAUUUUCGUCAACAUCAUUUUCCUCUAUAACGGUUUGUGGAAAUAUUGUUUGUGCUGUACUUUUUUAUAUAGAAAUGGGCUUAGCUUCUUGCUCCCGAAGUUUUAUCUCAGCAAUAUGUGAGGCAGUGCGGUGGAAGGGGAAGGGGUCGCGGGGGCGGGCGGGGUGAAACGGCGGGCGCGUCCGUCCGCCCGCGCCGCCACCGCAUCAUCAGUCCGCGUCGGAGAGCUGCCCGCGACGCUCGUCUGUGAGCUCGAUCCCUCAGAUACGCUGCUGGUUUACGGCGAGCCGUAACACGACACGUUUGGAGGGACCGCUACGCGUGUGUCUGGUGCUCUGUGAACUCUGGAUACUGUGUUUCUUGUGAAGUGACAAUGCAUAUAUGCUGAUUGCUCCGACCGUCUUUUAGGAUUUUCGACGACGCAACUAGUUCCGGAUCAGCUCAGCCGAUUGUCGUAAUGAAAGUAGUAAGCUUACAACUGCCGUCUGGGCCAAGUAUGGAGCGGCUUCCGCUGCCAUUUAGCCCAACGGAACUUUUGUGGCGGUACCCCCUUCCAUGGGCACCACCACCACCUUCUCCGCUUGGUGAUACCAAAGCUCAACUUCCAGCAGGCCUUCCUCCAGAACCAAGACUCUGGACAAGAGAAGACGUAGUCGUAUUUUUAAAAUGGUGUGAAAGAGAAUUUGACUUGCCCAACUUUGACAUGGAUCUCUUCCAAAUGAAUGGCAAAGCAUUAUGCUUAUUGACAAAAACUGACCUAGGAGAACGUUGCCCUGGGGCCGGAGAUGUUUUACACAACGUUUUACAAAUGUUAGUGCGUGAUGCUGCACUUUUAGGAAGAGUUCCUUCGUCACCUGUGACGCCAACAGCGCGUGGGGCUCCAUACCCUCCCUCCCCUCACUCCCACCCACCUACCCCUACAUGGGCAGUCGACGGCUUUCAUCAUUUUCAUAGUGCUGCUGCCGCCGCAGCACAACCUAAUUCCGUUACCUUAAGUCCGGCUCCUUCGGUGGACAGUUCGGGCAGCCCGCAACGUGGAGAAUCAAUGAGCUAUGUGACGGCUUACGCUCCUCCUGUUCCCGCAACAACGCAAGCUGCAAGUUCUGGGAGCAACCAUUCCGAUUCAGAUGAAGAAGCUCAAUUUGCACCGCCUCCACGUUCGCCUAAAGAAGCCCCUCUUAAUAGUCCUGCACCACAAUCUCACGCAGCUCAACAUCCUCACUACCGUGCGCAACACAGAGAAUUCUUUCCUAAUGAUAUGCCCGAAUCAAAUACAAAUGGCAGACUCUUAUGGGACUUCUUACAGCAACUUCUAAAUGAUCCUACACAACGAUACACAAAUUACAUCGCCUGGAAGAAUAGAGAUACAGGCGUCUUCAAAAUUGUAGAUCCGGCUGGGCUUGCUAAACUUUGGGGAAUUCAAAAAAAUCAUCUGUCGAUGAACUACGAUAAGAUGUCACGCGCUCUAAGAUAUUAUUAUCGUGUCAACAUUCUACGAAAAGUGCAGGGCGAGCGUCACUGCUACCAGUUUUUGAGGAACCCCACUGAGUUGAAAAAUAUCAAGAACAUUUCUCUGUUGCGUCAACAAAUGAGCCCCACAAGAGUUCCGCAACAGCCAAUUGUGAAGUCGGAAAUGAAAGAGGAACGCUGUGAAGACGAGCCCGUAGACGAAGACAUGCCAACAGACUUGAGUAUGGGAGCAUCAGAACCGUGGCGGAAACGUGCACGGCCUGAUCCCGGAAAUAUUCCAUCGCAACAUGACAAACACCGUAUCAGUGCCCUUAUCGGGGAUAAUCUGAUACCAAAACGUGAACCAGAAUAUAGUACAGAAAGUUACGCGCUAAAUCUCAGAAGUGAGAAAUGUGAACAAUGAUCAUCAACCAUUAAUAAAGAGAGACAUUUGCAGUGCAAUGCUUCUUUAUGUGUAUAGUAGUAUUAAUGUGCAAGGACUCCACCUACUAAGUUAUAGUCAAAGUCUUCUCAGAUCAUUUAUUAUGAUAGAAAAGUCUUCCUGAAAAUUUGCACCGAAUAUUGAACCAAUUUUAACAACUUACGAUGCAAAUUAUCAUACUGAGAGGUUUUGACAGAUUUAGUUAGAUUUGUGCAGUUCAACAGGGUCUGGACAUAAAAUGAUGCCUUUGUGCCAAGUGAUUUUACUCGAUAGUGUCAAUUACCCAAAUAGUUAUAAAAAGAGACAAGAGUUUAUGUGUGUUAAGUCAUAGGACUAUUUUAUAUUUGUGCAAUGGAACAUUGAAAUAACUGCCAAUAUCUAGCAGUAGCAGAUUUUCAAAAGUUGCCAAAAGUGUAUGUGCGUGCAUAUACAUUGUACACGCGCUCAUUCAUGCAUUUUGUAAUUUAAUUAGUUAUAUAUGUGUUUAUAUCUUUGAUUAAUUUUGCUGAAAAGAUAAUAAUAGAUUAUAAAAUUGUUAAAAGAAAACUAUCAGAACCAACUCCUGCUGGGGAGUUAUUAGUGAAACUUAUAAAUAUCGUCUUCCAUGGUUUUAUUUUGGCCAAUCGUUUUAAUUGUAGCAUGAGUAACGCAGUAAUUUUAUGUAAGAAAUACUACCACAUUUCAUUCUAGAGUAUACAUUUUUUGCAUGGAUAUAGUCAAAAUCUAGCAGCUUCUUAUAUUAAAUAGACCUUGUAAACUAAUGUUUUUUUUAUCUUGGCUGCUAUGGUGUUUGGGACAAAAGACAAUAAUGACGAACAAUCUUCUACCUAAAAAUGCCUUGAAAUCUACAAGAAAACGUCCACUGUGAUAAAGAUAUAAAGUGGUAGAAAUAGAGUAUGCUAGGGCUUUUACUCAAAGAUUUCCAGCUACAAUUUUCUGUGAUCUCUUUUAUCAAUAUAGGUAAAUGUCAUAGAGUUAAUUAAUUAGGAACAUUGUAAAUAUUAACUAUGUCUAGUUUUAAAAUAGGAUAAAAAACAGACUGUAAAGAGAGUGUAUGUAUGAUUUGUAAAACAAAGUGGAGCUUUAUCAAAGUACCUAGUAUAUGAGUAAGAAUUACAACUGAGUUUGUAUUUUUACAAUAAUUUCUAUUUCGGCGAGUGCAUGCCAUAAGUUCCAGCGUGUUGAACACAAUAUAGAAAACAUUUUGUUUCUUAUAAAUUGUGUCAGAUUUAUUAUAACUUUAAAUAAAUGAGAAUAAUGUUAUCCC